GGGAGGGGCAGAAGUGACAGGAGGAGGGCGAAAAAAAAAAAGAUGAUGUUUGUUAGACAACAGUAUGAAAUGUUCCUCCUGAACCAAAUGAGCAGCUGCCCUGUUUUUAUUUGGUCUUGUUUUGAUGAUAUGACAACCGGCUACGUUUGAUAGCAGAGAAACCGCGUUCCAGCUGUCCUUGUGUGCAGGUCAGGUUGUCAGUCAGAGGAAGCCCUAAACUCAGGUAGGUAACGUUAGCUCGGGUUACGCCGCUUUGUCUUACUCAUCGUGAAAUAGUGCGUCGUGUUUGGAAAAGAAACGCUAAAAAUGUCCCUUAAUAUGUCGGCAAAAAAUCAGUUUUUGCCGACACUGUGUCAACUUAAACUAGCUCGGGGAGCUAACUCGGUGUUUUUAGGAACACAUCGUGAGUGACAGCCAAAGCGGCCAAUCGCGUUUUACUUUGAAUGCCGUCGCGAUGUGUGUGGCCAAUGGUGUUGAAGGGAAGGCGGGACUACGGGUCAAACUACCGUGCUCGAUGGAACUUCCACAACAGUGUAAUAGAUUUGUUUAUGCGACGCAGCCGAGCUGACGUUGGACAGGCUGAGACAUGGAAAAGACGACAGGUGGUGGAACUUACACGCUAAUAUUGAGGUUCAUAAGCGCGGGGGAACCGGGGACAAUGCUUUGAGCAGAUACUGUCAUUAAUAUUUCAGUUACACGUCAGUGCAGUCUGGCACAAAACACUAGAAGCACUGUGAAAUCUUGUUUAAUAUAGGAAACAACAAAGUUUUAUGACUGCCACACGUCUCUUGUUAACAAGAUGGACUUGGAAUAUGUUACAGAUUGGCUCCCAAAACAGUCAAUUAACAAUAUGUCUAUCUAUCUAUACACAUUUAAUUCAGCCUUAAGAGCACAGAAGCUCAAGCACCUAAAGCCAAAGUGCUGCAUGCACAUUUUACCUGCAUGCUCUCACAGUUAAAUCAGUCUGCUUUAUACCACUUUAUUCAUUUUAUUCCCCCCCACACAGUUUUUCUACUAGAACAUCAUGCAGGUGUAGAUGACAUCAUGUGACCCAAAUAUAUAAUCCGACUUUUUAAAACUCAAUAAAUAGUGUCUGUAUUUUAUACGAAAACACAAUCAAACUGAAUCAAAAUCUGAUCUACAGAACGCUACAGCGCGAGCAAUUUAUGUGUGAUUAAACAGGACAGUGAGAGGUUGUCUGACCCAUUUAAAGUUGUUAAGUUCUCAUUAAAACAGAAGUUUUACCGUGAAACCCAAUGUAACAAAUCAGCCAGAGGAAAUUAUAAUAACAGGAGGUAUAUAUAUUUCCAUCUCAAGCUCCAGAGCGAGUAGGUAGAUUUUGUAUAAAACCUGUGAUGAAUUGUUGAAUUUGCUAGUGGAUAGUGUGACCAAUAUGAUCCAUGACUCUCAAACAUUCUGCCUAGUGGUUUAUACGUUGCUUGAAGUACAGUGGACAUACAGUAAGAUUACAUGUACAGUGUUUUAGGUAUGAUAUUUUAUAUUAAUCAAUGAACAAAGUGUGAAGGAACUUCCACCAUGCCUGUAGACACUCUUUCUUGUACCGCACUCCAGCUCUUCGGCGAACGACCUGCCUUCUGCUACAGCCAAAUAUUCAACUCAGAUGUUGACUCGUUAGUCCAGAGCACCUGCUGGAAUUUUUCUGCACUCCAGUCCCUGUUUUCCUGUGCAUAGUUGAGUCUCUUGGCCUUGUUUACAUGUCUGAGGCUCUUUGGCCUCAAGUCUUCCAUGUACGCCACUUCUGACUAGACUUCUCUGGACAGUAGAUGCUGUACCAAGUGACUUUGAGUGAAUGUCUUCAUGAUUGGUGAUAAUUAGCACCUGUUUGGUAUGAUUGUUUAAUCAUACACCUGACGAUAUGCCUAUACCAUCCCUGACUUUGUGCCAGUGUACCUAGAAGAACUCAUGAUGUUUUGAAGGCAUAGGGUGGUCACACCAAAUGUUGAUUUGAUUUAGAUUUUUCUUCUGUUCGCUCAGUUUGCUUUUUGUUCAUCGAUGAAUAUAAUCUAUUAACAUGUCUAGUUUUGAAAGCAUUCUUACUUUACAGCAUUUUUUCCACACCUGUCUGAAAGUCUGUAUGUAACCAAGAUAUUUUAAUGCACAAAUAUAACAAGACAGUAAAAAAACCACAGAAAUUACUGCGUGUUAACAUGCUGGUGCCCGAGAAGUUGUCUUACUGUGCUGAUAGAUUGAGCAAUACUAAUCCUGUGAGGUCUAAAUGAGAAGAAGGACAACAGGGAAAGUGUGCAAGCAGAAAGACUUUCUUGUAUGGUGUCACUGUGCUGCCUUUAUAGAUGGGUCAGGCACUGUGGAGGCUGCCUCCCAGACAACAGCAGCAGCUUCAGGAAGAGCUUGCCGACCGACUGGCUGACCAAGCGGGAGGUCGAGAGCAAGGGAGGGAUGGAUGUCCCCAGAGAAGAGCUCCUCAGCACUGUUACGGCCCCGACAUCUACCAUCUACUCAGAACACGCAUGGGAGGUAAAGAACAUCAUGGUUUUAUAGAUUUGGAGAUGUUGCCACCUGAAUUAGGCAUCACCAUAUUGUCUUAUCUGAAUGCUACUGAUCUGUGCCUGGCCGGCUGUGUGUGGCAGGACCUGGGAAAUGACGAAUACUUAUGGCAGGGGCUGUGUAAGUCCACAUGGGGACACUGCUCCAUCUACAACAGAAGACUUCCUGCUGGUUUCUCAUAUAGAAGACUAUACCUACAACUAGAUGAAGGCAGCCUGACAUUCAAUGCUAACCCACAGGAGGGCAUCAGCUAUUUCAUGUCUAAAGGUAUACUAGUGGAUCAUCCGACCGAGCUGGCUAAGUUCAUCUUUUACACCAGACGGCUCAACUGGAAAAUGCUGAGGAUUUACCUGGAUGAGAGGCGGGAUGUCCUGGAUGAGUUGGUGACCCUCCAUAACUUCAGUAACCAGUUCCUCCCCAAUGCUCUACGGGAUUUCUUCAGACACAUCCACGCGCCCGAGGAGAGAGGAGAGUAUCUGGAAACCCUCAUCACCAAGUUCAGCCACAGGUUUUGUGCCUGUAACCCUGGUCUUGUCCGAGAGCUCGGCCUCAGUCCUGACGCUGUGUAUGUGCUGUGCUACAGUCUGAUCCUGCUGUCCAUCGAUCUGACCAGCCCCCACGUCAAAAACAAAAUGUCCAAGAGGGAGUUUAUCAGGAACACUCGCCGAGCAGCACAUAAUGUCUCGGAUGACUUCGUAGGCCACCUCUAUGACAACAUAUACCUGAUUGGCCACGUGGCCGCGUAGCUUUACCUACCAGCUGUCCAGCAGAAAUCCUCAUACUGCACUGAAGAAUACGAGUUGGUGAUUGACACAUACAUGACAGUAAAGUAUGGAACACUGUAUUAUUAGAUUUUAGAUCAAAGGUGUGAAACACCUGAACUGUCUUUAAAACCAGGUCACUGCAAAGAAGGAGGUUUUAAAGUUGAACCAUGAAGACGAGCUCUGAUACUGCACUGACGGAUGGAAACUACUGAUUGGUGGAGGAGGAGCACCACUGCCCUCAGCCUGUCACAGAUGCCGGGACAGUCAUGCUGAUUUCCUAUUGGACAGGAUUUGCCUCACAUACCCCAGUAGGACAAACGGCUCCAUUCUUGUAGGAAGCGACACGGGACGUUAGACGUGGCUCAAGGCUAGCACAAGAUCACUCACCAUUGUUGCUUGUAGAAUUAGUGUUACUAAUGACGAAGGUACGUCAGUUGACCUUGAUACACUGUCCAGGGGUAACAACCAGAAUGUCCAAGUGUCAAGAUUCAACUAAGCCUGGUUUUCUCUGGCACAUACUAGUUUAUUUAUUGUUUCAUUUUACGAGUAAGACGAACAAGACGACAACACGUUGGGCCUCGUGUGUGUGAACAUUUUCGUAUUCUUAUCUCCUACUUUUUUCAUUGAGGUGUGCUUGUAUGAGUGUUCCAAGUCAGAGUCACUAAGCUUGAUCAACUGCACCUAACAAACGUAACGUAAAUCGCUCGCUUCAGCUUCAUGAAUGUCACCUGUUCAUGAUGCGCUUGUGAGAUUUGAUCAUUUGACAGAAAUAAAGAGGGAAUAGUUUGACAUAAAGUUAGGCCCAUGACUAAGACGAGAGAAUACGUGAGAAUAUUACAGCCUCUGUGCAACCGAGAAUGAUACUGGACAGUGACCUGCAUACAUUUUCAAAUGCAGAAGUUCCUGUGCCAAAAUGUGCCAAUAAAAAGUACAAAAUCUAAAACACCUUUCAGUAAAUUGGCAAGUCAUGUGAGAAUAUGGUGGAUAACAAAAUAUUAUUCUUGCGUUACGUUUGUUUUAGUUGUGUAUUUUAUUUUAGUUCUUUUCUGUCUCAUCGUUGAACCCCAGAUUGAUUGAGAUUAUUGCAUCAUAAUUCUGAAAGUGAAAGUGUUUUUGUCACCCAGUGGAGAAGGUUAGACAUGACUUGUCCGACAGGUCUGGAGCGAUUGUGAAGUUAAUUUGUAUCUAAGAGAAAGUUCUAGAGACUGGUGAACACCACAAAUGUGAAAUUAUUUAAAGGUCCCAUAUUAUACUCAUUUUCAGGUUCAUACUUUUAUUUUGGAUGUGUCUUCCGGCUGCUCUGCCUCAACUUUCAGUGAUUUACGGAGAUCCUGAUUGACAGAUUUACAGCUUUACUUGUUGUUAGCAGUUACUUUAGCUACUGACUACUGCUAAUGGUGGCUAGUUAGCUCAGUUAGCCAUGCAGCUAUCCAUCCUAUUAACUUACUCUGCGCGGACUGGAAGCUUGGCGCUCCGGGGGUAUGUUGGUGUUUACACCUCUGUUAGUAUGGGAGCUUUUUACUGCUGGGUGCGCCCAGUUCAGGCAGAGUCAGCUGAUAAUGGCAGCUACAGUUAGCAGUAGCUAACAGCUACUGUAGCGAUAGCAACAAGUAAAGCUGUCUGUCCAUCAGGAAAUUCCUUAAAAAACAGAGAGUUGAGGCUGGAGAAGGUCCGAUGCUGUACAGAUCUGUUCAUGACAUCGUUAAGGGAACCAAAAUGAAACCGCAUGUUGGCGCACACAUUUACUGAAAGACUGAGCAGGAGUAAAGGAGAGGAUUUUUUUUUAAUUCAGCUGAAAAUAUUUUGCAUAAUAUGGGACCUUUUUAACAUGCAUGAAUUCAAAUGGAUUGUUGCAUAAUACAUUUGAUGGACAUGCAGGUAAAAAGCAAAGUAAAAUGCACAUUCUCCGUGUUGUAGGAACCAACUAGCUGACUUUUGUGCGACCUUUAGUCCAGAUAAUGAUGAUGAAGAUUAUUGAAACUGAAUGUAUUAAAACUGUUUCUUAUACAUGACAUUAGGGAAGAAUUUAAUCAUACUGCUUUGGGGUGACGAGCUUUUUGUGCAGCAGAUAGAGCACAGCAGCGUCUACAGUAUGUGAUGCUGCUUUAUGAAGGAAAUAGUAGAAGUCAGGGUUCGGUGAUGGACCUGACUCUAAUUCUGGCAUCAUUAUCAAGUGUAGAGAAAGAUAAUGUCUGCAAUUUUUAGCUUUUGAAUUGUCCUGGAAGGAUUAAACCACUGGCUGAGGUUCAUGAAGUUAUUGUGUUUUAAAACUAAUACUGAUAUAAUUUUUAUAUUUUUGCACAAUGCACAUGUAUUUACCGCAGUUGCCACAGGUUUAGCUGUAGUCGUAGGCCUCCAUUGUUUUUUAAACUCCCUGGAAAAACAACCCAGUGAAAGUUUUCUUAUUUAACAGUAUAUAGUAUUUUUCAAAUAGUGGAAGCUUAUUAUUCUUAACAGGGGCAACAAGCCAGAAGAGAAGAUGUGGUGGCUGACAGGCACUCCAGUGGUGUACAAACGACUUCAGUCAGAACAUAUUGAUGAUCUCAAAUAUUCAAAGACAUUAAAUAUUUCCAGCUGUUGCUUUUUAAAAGUAAAUCAACUGAAUAAUGCCCAUCAGACCUGAAUGCAGGACGAAAGUCUCUUCUACCCAUGAGUCCCAGCGGCUAACAUGUAGCUGUGACAGUGAUUGUGGAAUGGAACCAUAGCAACAGCCAUGAUGACACAGUUUGUUAAAUUGAGGGGGUUUAUAUUAUAACCUAGAUAGCUAGUUGCAAUACCAAUCAACAUUUAUUUCUUUUUUGAUUUGUUUUGUAUCUAUAUAGAUUUUGUUUAAAAAGUCUCUUCAUUAGUGAGUUCAGAAUUUAUUUUAAUUAAUAAAUAAUGUUAUUGGGGAUUCCUCAUUGCUGAUGAUGCACACAGAUCAAGAACUUUAUCUUCAUUGUUUUCUUUAAAAUUGUGAAGGUAAUAAACUUCCUGUAGUGUGAUUUUGUCUUUAUAGUUACCAGAAUACUUUAUGACUGACAAAAUGUACUGAGAAAUUGUUCCAAAUAUUUGACUUAUUAAAUCUGUGCUUGAUUUUAUAGACAUGUUUUAACCACCUACAGCUGUACAGCGUAACACUCGUUUUAUUUGAUCCUCUCUAAAUUUAAACAGUUCAAUUCAUUGUUCAGUGAUAGAUGUGGUUCUCCUUCCCCACGAGAUGAAGGUGAAGGUGUUUCCUUCCUCUCUCUCUCUACUGCUUGUGGCUGGAGGACUGCGAUGGCACCCAGUCACAUUACUGUUUCAUGUGGUUUGUCAGCUAACAGUUAAAUAAAGUAUUUGCAUAAACAAGCAAAUAAAUAAUAAUCAAUCUAG